GAAGCGCGGCUGGGACGGGGAGGCGAGCGAGCGAGGCGAGGCGGGCCCUCUGGCGGGACCCUCGCUUGCAAGGCGCAGAGCCGAAGGGGACCUGAGGAUGUCCACGCUUCUUGAACCCACGAUGCACACGCUCCAGAUUGGUACAAAUGGCGAAAAGUCCCGCACUCCGUCGCCGCCGCGCUCCCCCGGGCUCCACAACGAGAGCUGCACCAUUGCUCCACUCACGCCGUCACCGUCUCCGCGGAAUGAAAUCCGGAUGUGCCGAUCCACGCCCUUCUCCGUGGUGGUGGCCAUCGACUUCGGCACGACCUCCAGUGGCUACGCCUUCAGCUUCACCAGUGACCCGGAAGCCAUCCACAUGAUGAGAAAGUGGGAAGGAGGGGACCCCGGAAUCGCCCACCAAAAGACCCCCACCAGCCUGCUCCUGACUCCGGAAGGGGCCUUCCACAGCUUCGGCUACACGGCCAGGGAUUACUACCACGACCUCGACCCGGACGAGGCUCGCGACUGGCUGUACUUCGAAAAGUUUAAGAUGAAGAUCCACAGCACCAGCGACUUGACCAUGAAAACCGAGCUGGAAGCAGUGAACGGAAAGAAGGUGCCGGCCCUGGAGGUCUUUGCCCACGCGCUCCGCUUCUUCAAGCAACAGGCGGUGAAGGAGCUCCGGGACCAGUGCCCCGUGCUGCCGGAGAGAGACGCCAUCCGGUGGGUGAUCACCGUGCCGGCCAUCUGGAAGCAGCCAGCCAAGCAGUUCAUGCGCGAGGCCGCCUACCGGGCUGGGCUGGUUCCUUCGGAGAACCCGGAGCAGCUGCUGAUCGCUCUGGAGCCGGAAGCAGCUUCGAUCUACUGCCGGAAGCUUCGCCUCAACCAGCUGAUAGACCUCAGCUACAAACCGCAGGCCAACGGGCUCAUGGCAGAGCUCCCCAUCGACUCCAGCUUCAGGCAGGCGCGAGAGCAGCUUCGCCGUUCCCGGCACAGCAGGACCUUCCUGGUGGAGUCCGGGGUGGGGGAGCUGUGGUCUGAGAUGCAGACAGGGGACCGCUACAUCGUGGCCGACUGCGGAGGGGGCACCGUGGAUCUGACGGUUCACCAGAUCGAGCAGCCCCAGGGGACCCUCAAGGAGCUCUACAAGGCGUCAGGAGGUCCCUACGGGGCUGUGGGGGUGGACCUGGCCUUCGAGAAGCUGCUGUGCCAGAUUUUUGGCCAGGACUUCAUCGCCACGUUCAAGGCCAAGCGCCCGGCCGCCUGGGUCGACCUGACCAUCGCGUUCGAGGCCCGCAAGCGGACGGCCGCCCCCCACCGCGCCAACCCGCUCAACAUCUCGCUGCCUUUCUCCUUCAUCGACUUCUACCGCAAGCACCGGGGGCAGAAUGUGGAGACGGCGCUGAAGCGCAGCAGCGUGAACUUGGUCAAGUGGUCCUCCCAGGGGAUGCUGCGGAUGUCCUCCGAGGCCAUGAACGAGCUCUUCCAGCCAACCAUCAGUCAGAUUAUCAACCACAUCGGACGUGGGGCUGACCAUCCUGAAGGGGGCCGUGCUGUUUGGCCUGGACCCCACCAUCGUCCGGGUGCGGCGCUCGCCCCUGACCUACGGCGUGGGGGUGCUGAACAAGUUCGUGGAGGGGAAGCACCCCAGGGAGAAGCUGCUGGUCAAGGAGGGCAAGAACUGGUGCACCGACAUCUUCGAGAAGUUCGUCUCCGUGGACCAGUCCGUGGCCCUGGGCGAGGUGGUGCAGCGGAGCUACUGCCCGGCCCGGGCGGGGCAGCGCAAGAUCAUCAUCAACAUCUACUGCAGCGCCACGGACGAGGUCGUCUACAUCACCGAUUCGGGCGUGCGGAAGUGCGGCACCAUCAGCUUGGACCUGGACGAGCUGGAGGAAUCCGGCUCCCUCAAGAGGAGCCGCCGGGAGAUCCGGGCGAGCAUGCAGUUCGGCGACACGGAGAUCAAGGUGACCGCCAUGGACGUCCAGACCUCGAAGACCGUGAGGGCCUCCAUCGACUUCCUGUCCAACUGAUGGCCGAGGCCUCGUGCAGGGGGGCCUCCACGAGCCUCGCUGUGCGCGUCGGGGCGAGGCCCGCCUGACGCGGCUGGGGGGGGAGGUCCACGGCAGGCCAGCUUUAGCAGACACUUUCCCCCCGCACGCACCUGCCACAGGGAGGUGGGCCGGAGGUCUUACCUUUGACCAUUGCCCCUGUCCGUAGCUGGCAAUGUUAACCGGACCCAAUGCGACGGCCAUGGGGCUCCAGCCAAAGCCAGACAGCCCUUCGCUGGCCCGUAGAGCCAAGGCUAAACCUUCUGCGGAACCGGGAUGCGCGAGCUGAAGCGGCACGCUGCGAUGGGCUUGAUCCUGCUCUGUUUCGUUGUGCAGAAAGUCAUGUUUUCUUUGGUGCAGAACAGCAGGGGGUUCGUGAGCAGCGACGGGCUGUUCCUGAGGCGGCAGCCCCAUCCUCCAAGGGGACUUGGAAUUAUACUCAAGUCAAGAUUUCACCUGUAAUUAAGGAUGCGACAAUAUUGCAAAGGAAAGAUAAAACAUUCAGUUUUCUCAGUGCACAACUGCACAUUCACGGAUUGUCUUAACUGAAAGAGGUGACCUUUUUCCAAGUCCGAGUGCAUUUAUCCCUACGGAGAGCAGUACAGUUCUAGCAGAGCAAUGUUCUUUUGUUUUUAAUGUGAGUUUUGGCUGUCCACCCCCUCCCCAAAGGAAGCAGGUGCUGCACAGACCGCUGGGCAGUCCGGCUGAUGGCAGGAGCCACGGGGCCCUGGCACCUGCUGGAGAACCGGUGGAAAUGGGGGCCGGAGGUGCCGCUGAGCCAGCCAAGACAAGCCGAUGCGCACGACGCGUGACUGAAAUCGGGACCGAAGGCAUCCCGGUGGAAGCGGAGGCGAGCGCGGGCCGCCUGGAAGCCCAUCCGUACGUCUUCAUCUCCUUCCUUUCUUCACAGCAAGGACAGCCCUGGGAUGCCAGGCCUCUCCUGGUGCAGCUUUGGUUCCUGGGCGGCUUCGCUCCCUCCCCGUUGCUCUGGGGCGUCCUGCUCGGGAGCGCCACUCAGCCAUCCUCCUCCUCCCCCUUUGCACGAGCACGAAGGGCAGGCCAGGAACUCACCCAGCUGGGGCGGGACGAACUGCAGCGCUUGGCCCACCGCCUUCUCCCAGGAGGCCUGAGGCAAAAGACCCCCCCCCCCAACACAGGGCAGAC